UCUGUCUCUCUCUCUCCUGCUCUGUAUUUGGCUAGCCGGGUGUCGGUGAUUAGAGGCAGCAUCGCUUUACAAGACGGCUCUCCGCUGGUCGGCGUCAACAUCACCUUCCCUCAGCAUCCAGAGUACGGUUACACCAUCAGUAGGCAGGACGGAAGCUUCGACUUGGUGACUCUGGGCGCCAUGUCCUUGACGUUGAUGUUCCAACGACCGCCUUUUCUUCCACAAACACGCACCAUCUGGACACCCUACAACAACUUUCUCGUCAUGGACCACGUGAUCAUGUCCAGGGAAGAAACUCAACCUCCAAAAUGUGACGUCAGGAGCGUUUUGAGUCCCUAUCCUCUCGUCCUGCCCUACCCGCUUCCCAGAUACAUGGGAGCGUGUCCAGAGAAGGGACCGGCCGUCCCAGAGCUGCAG